AUGCGUGCCCUUGGUGGUGCACCGCUACCUUCAGCUUUCAAGGCCACCAAAGUAAGUGCAGCUGAGUUCCCUGCUCUUUUCGGGCAAAGUGUUUCUUAUGGAGUGCUUCAAUUCCCAGGUGGCACUACUAACCCACCUCACACUCAUCCUCGCUCAGCUGAGCUCCUUUUCCUCGUUGAUGGUUCUCUUCAAACGCUCCAGGGUGGUGACAUGUUCAUCUUCCCUAAGGGGCUUGUUCACUUCCAAUACAAUGCCGAUGCUCAAAAUCCAGCUUUGGCAAUUUCUGCCUUCGGAAGUGCCAGUGCAGGGACUGUAUCAAUCCCUACUACCCUCUUCGCCACUGGCAUUGAUGAUAACAUCUUGGCAAAAGCCUUCAUGACUGCUGUUGCCACCAUUCAAGCUCUAAAGGCUGGUCUUGCACCCAAACCUUUAGGAUAG